AUGGUCAUCUCUAGCGCAGUUCCCCGCCUCCAGCGCCUCCACCAGUACAUCCCCAGCUCCUCAUAUAAGUACUCAUCCUGCAACUCCUCCUCGCAUAUGAGGCUGCAAUCUGGCCCCAUCGCUACUCGCCUACUCGCCAAACAUACCCUCAUCCUGGCCGACAUCUUGUCUCCAUACUGCCGCCAGCAAGCAAAGGUCUUCAUCUUCGCCUGCGCCCUUGUCCCCAGCGCUCGUGACGCGCUCACCUCUGGUUGGCACCGCUGUCCUCGCAGCACUGCCGCGUUGUCGCCCUACCCCGCCAGAGCCACAACCGUGCCACCCGAACAGUACAUGGGCGAACAACUUCAAGACAAGAUGAAGCGCUUUAGCCAGAAAGUCCUCUCUCGAGGCAAGGACUCCACAAAGUCGUCCAAGAAGAACAAAGACACCAAAGAUGGCACCGCGUCGCCUUCUUCGCGGGACCCAUCCACCCAGUCGCCUACUUUGACCCCGACGUCGUCGACCACAGCUGUCAAUGACAUUCGAAACAAGCCUCUCCCGCCAAAUUCCACAGACGGUCUCGGCCAGAGCGCUGGCGUCGACAGAUUCGGUGCCAUGGGUGCCAACUCGAGCCCCAAUGGCAACUCCAGAAUGCCUCCUACAGUCGUCAUCAGCCCGACUCCCGGCCAUGUCCCACCUCCAGGUGCCGCCGAGACGAUGCCGCACGACCUGGCCCCCCCAAAGUCUGGCCAAAAGUCGCUCAUGAUUCACCGCGGAAUAGAUAACCGCGAUGCUAUUCCCGAGGGGCUUCGAACGCCCAAGCGACAACACUCAUCUCGCUUUGACAUUUCUACCAACCGAGAUCUGGAAAAGCUACCCGGAUUCCACGAAGUCCCUCCCAACAGGCGUCAGGAGCUAUUCAUGCAGAAGAUUGAGCAGUGCAACGUCAUUUUCGACUUCAACGAUGCCAGUGGCGAUAUGAAGGCGAAGGAAAUAAAGCGACUAGCUUUGCACGAGCUGCUUGACUAUGUCGCUAACAACCGACAAGUCAUCACCGAACCCAUGUACCCCAAGGUGGUGGACAUGUUCAGCAAGAACCUCUUCCGUCCCAUCCCGCCCCCGAUGAACCCACAGGGCGAACCCUUUGAUCCGGAAGAGGACGAGCCCGUGCUCGAAGUGGCCUGGCCUCAUAUACAAGUCGUUUACGAGUUCUUCUUACGCUUCAUCGAGAGUCAGGACUUUAACACCAACAUUGCCAAGGCCUACAUUGACCACAGCUUCGUUCUUCAAUUGCUCGAUCUCUUCGACUCGGAGGAUCCCCGUGAGCGUGAUUUUCUCAAGACGACUCUUCACCGAAUCUACGGCAAGUUUCUUAACCUGCGUUCGUUUAUCCGCCGAUCCAUCAACAAUGUCUUCUUCCAAUUUACCUAUGAAACGGAGAGGUUCAACGGCAUCGCAGAGCUCCUCGAGAUUCUUGGCUCCAUCAUCAACGGGUUUGCGCUUCCCCUCAAGGAAGAGCACAAGAUCUUUUUGACCCGUGUUCUUCUUCCCCUGCACAAGCCCAGAAGUCUGAGCAUGUACCAUCCUCAGCUUGCAUACUGUAUUGUGCAAUUCCUAGAAAAGGAUGCAUCCCUAACGGAAGAUGUUGUCCUGGGACUUCUCCGCUACUGGCCGAAGGUAAACAGCACAAAGGAAGUCAUGUUCCUAAACGAAGUCGAGGAUAUCUUCGAGGUCAUGGAUCCUGCCGAGUUUGCCAAGGUGCAAGAACCGCUUUUCCACCAGCUGGCCAAGUCUGUCGCUAGCCCACACUUCCAGGUCGCCGAGCGAGCUCUGUACUUCUGGAACAAUGAGUACUUUUGCAACCUCGUGAGCGAUAAUGUCGAAAUCAUUCUGCCCAUUAUGUUUGCGCCCCUCUAUGAGAACUCCAAGGGCCACUGGAAUAGAACCAUUCACGGCAUGGUGUAUAAUGCUAUGAAGCUCUUCAUGGAAAUCAACCCGCAGCUGUUUGAUGACUGCUCCCACGAGUACACAGAGCACCAAAACAGCGCCGCGGAGCGCGAGGCCCUGCGUGAGCGCAAAUGGGCAGCCCUUGGCGAGCAAGCUGAGUCGCGCCGCAACUCCAUGGCAUCGGAUGUGGGCGAGCCCCCACAAAGAACACAAGUCACAGCCAUGCCUCGGGUUGACGAAGCAGACCAGGGCGCGGAUGAUAGCCAGAAGCGACUGGACUCUCUACGACUGCAGGACCAGUCAGGCCGCCGGCCUAGCGUCCACGAACGCCAAGGGUCGACGAGCUCAACACGCAGCCGGUGA